AUUCUUACGUAUGCCUUUUGGCCUGAAGGGGGCAGCGCAAAGUUUUCAGAGGCCGAUGGACUCGGUGUUACGUGGCCUCGAGUUCGUGUUCGUUUAUCUGGAUGACAUUUUGGUUGCCAGUGCAUCCGCAGACGAGCACCAAUCACAUCUGAAACAGGUUUUCCGACGCCUUGAGGAACAUGGCUUGAUUGUCAACACCGCAAAGUGCCAUUUGGGAUUGCCGGUGAUCGAUUUCUCAGGCCACCACAUUUCGUCACAAGGUGCGGUCUCUUUGUCCUCUAAGGUGCAGGCAAGUGAAUUCUUGCCCAAAGAUUCCGUACCGCAGCGGCAACCAGCUACCAAGCUUGUUUUGUUUGAUAAUGCUCUCGCUCCGGGUCCUGUCCACCACUGUUUUCAAAAAUUGUUCGCCCCUGCAGAACUCAAGUCGGCUAGUUUUGUUUUUGUGUGUCACGAUUCUCACCGCUCUCCCCUACAACCUCCUUACGAUGGACCUUUUCGCAUGCUUGAGACAGGUUCUAAGCAUUUCGUUCUGGAAAUGGGUAGGCGUAGAGAACGGGUUACAGUAGAUAGGCUUAAACCAGCACACAUGGUAGCAGACGAAGCUAUGCUUCCGGUCCAGGUUCCCCGCAGGGGUCGUACUCCUUCAAAGAAUCCGGUUGUUUCUUCACCUGUUGUUUGUCCUAAGUUAAGGUACAGCCGUUAUGGCAGACUGAUUAAGCCUGUGCUAGAAAACUGAUUUCUGUAUUGGGAGUCCCUUCUGGGUGUUCGGGGGGUGGGGGGCUGUGUAGCAGGCACUGCAAGGGAUGCCUCUCACCCUACAGGACUGUGGGCUGGGGGUAUGGGUACGGUACUUCUGUUUUGGCACGCCGAGUCGUUAGACAGUUGAGUUGUUUUGUGCUCUGGGAAUAAAGUGUUCAAACCCACUCUCGAUUCCUGCACUUUCUUCGUCCUGCUACACUGUGUCCCUUUGCUGUGCUAACAAAAGAGCAGCCAACCCAAACAGGUUGGUGUUCACGGUUUGGUGUUAUAGACAAUCAAAAGUUAGGAGAACUAUAAUCUAGUGUGUACUUGUGUCCUAAGUACUCAUUGUGAUAUUUCACAACAUUCUUCCAUCCUGAUUGGAAAAUUCCCAAAGAAAAAAAAGGUUGACAAACAUUUCCAGCUGUUUCUUGUAAAACAUAGAGAACUGAGGAAUUGUUUCCACAAUAACAACCAGACAAUUGGUUUCUUGUCAAUGUUCAACUGGCCACACCCUGACAAACGAUUUUAAUACAAAAGCUUUUUUCCCCAUGAGUCCCCUUGGACAACACAUCCAUUUUUAUUUAUCUGAAGUGAAGAGUCCUGCCUUAUCCUCGAUGAUGUCACAACAUCCUUAAAAGAUUCACUCAUUUUCUGGGUUGAUUCAAACUACAGUCGUCAUAGCCGAGUGGGGAGAGACAACAAGGACGUAAGAAUACAACAGAAGCAAUGAAAGAAUAUAUUACUUGUAUUUGUGUUUAUUUUCUGCUCAAUGAUUAAAAACAAAUUAUAUACUGAAGUAUUAUAGUGUAAAUGCACAGUUGAUAGUUUUGAGUGGCUAACUGUUACAGUAUACCGUGAUCACUUCUUUAGUUGUUCUGUCACUGACUGUUCUGACUUUUCUUGUGACAUUAAACGGUUGGAGAUUUUAACUUGCUUUUGUAUUAGGAUGAUGGAAAACUACACGUACAACAGUUUCACACUCCAAGUGGAGGGGCUUCUUCUUUCUGAAGAAAUGACAUAUCCAACGUUCCUGAUCUUCUUGUUCUCCUACAUUUUCAUAAUUGUUACUAAUGUAGGAAUUGUGGUUCUGAUUUUUGUGGACAAAAGUCUUCAUCAGCCAAUGUACUUGCUUUUUUCCAACCUACCACUAAAUGACAUUCUGGGAAAUUCUAUCCUAGUGCCUCGUUUGCUGCUAGACAUUUUGCGACCCUCCUCUGAACGACUCAUCAGUUAUUAUGAAUGUGUGGUUCAAGCUUUCACCACACACAUGUAUGGCACUACCACUCACACCAUUCUCAUCAUUAUGGCAUUUGACAGAUACGUGGCCAUCUGUCAACCACUGCGUUAUGCUUCCAUAAUGACCAACAGAAUGGUGAUCAAGCUGACGGUCUCUGCCUGGGGGGUGGCCUUAGUCUUAGUGUCUGUUUUACUUGGUUUGACUGUAAGACUCAGCAGAUGCAGGACUUUGAUCAAAGGGUCCUACUGUGACAAUGCUUCACUGUUUAAACUCUCCUGUGACAGUGUGGUCAUAAAUAAUGUCUAUGGCCUCACCUUCACUGUGGCUCUGUUCACAGCUUCUAUUGGCAGCAUUGUUUUUACCUACACUAGAAUCACUAUAGUCUGUCUAACCAGUAAGAACAAGUCACUGAACAGUAAGGCCCUGCAGACUUGUAGCACUCACCUGGUGCUGUUUCUAAUUAUGGUGUUUUGUGGACUGUCCAACAUUGUUCUCCAUCGCUUCCCUGAGACGACAGAGUACAGAAAACUCAUGGCCAUUCUGUUUCACAUUAUUACCGGCAGCCUCAACCCAGUUAUAUAUGGACUACAGUCGAAAGAAAUAAGAAAGUUUCUGUCACAACUGUUUGAGUCCAAAAAAGGUUAAUUCAAUAAUAUUAUACAAAACUAUGUUUGGAGAAUGUCUAUUACAUAGAGUGGGAAAAGACUGAAGUCAUGUAUAAUGAUGAGAUUAUAUAAAUGUUGUAAGGAGUAACACUUGGAAUAAAGUAUGAAGAAAAUAUUGCUGCUGAAGUCUAACUGUGGCUGAAGUUUACCAGUUACUACUCAUAGUAAUCUUCCUAUGAGAAGUAACUGUUAAAUAUUUUCAUCAUUAUCGUUAAAUAUGUUAAAUAUUAUGAUUUACCUUCAACAUACUGUACUUACAAAAGCAGAACUAUUUAAGGUGGACGUAACAUUAGCUACUGAAACACAAGGCCAAAAUCCAUUUGAUUUCGUGUGGAACACAACUGCAGUUGCCAACAAAAAUAACUAUCUAUUACCACAAGGUUUUAGCAGUUACUGUCACUUUCAAUAGUGGCUCACAUGGGACUUGUUACUGAAUAUGACUCUACAUCUGCUGUAUUAGCUGCUGAUCUUAGCCAGGACAAUGCUAAUGCUGCUUCAAAGUGCUCACAAGUUAUGUUGAAAAUGAACAUUAACUCCUAUGAAUGUCUAAACAAACAUAUUUACUCCUUAUUAAGAUUUAUUCAUCUUUAAAAGUAUUCGGUCUACGUAUAUA